AUGCGGGAAGUCAAUUUCAGUAUCCCCAAUGUGAAUAAGGCCGCGGUCAAUAUCACCACCACCCUCUAUGACCGCCGUGCCCUUGAUUGCACAUCGACUUUACCGCUCAUCAACUCUCUCAACCAUCUUGCAUACCUCACAACCUCCUCCGCCCGGAUUCGAGAUAUCCUUACCGUCGAUGGCGGCAUCGAGCGACUUGUAUGCAUCCUCAAGGAAGGCGGUCGGAGCAAGGAUUUGCUAGAAAUGUGGAAAUGGAGCCUUGCCUUCCAAUGUGUUGUCAACAUUGGCGUACGGGGCUCCGAGGGUGUGAGGACAAGAGUGGUGGAGGCUGACAUGGUCCCCGUCAUUGCGACCAUUCUGAGCAAUUACAUCAAGGUGAUCGAUAAGGUGCGAUCGCGCAACGAUCUCGAUUCCGAGAAACAGGCGUCUUCCAAACAGUCAAAGCCCAUCAGCAACCGAGACGUCUCCCCCGUCCCACUCCUAUGGAUGCAGAUAUCCAGACCGAGUCACACCCACAGGUCGAGUUACAUCAACCGCGUCGACAAGCCCCUCCAGCGAGUAUCGAAAUCCCACAGCCUUUCUACCAAGACAGCCAGCCUAACGACUCCGAUGCGAUGGAUAUUACAUCUCCUCCCGUGUCCCUAUGACGUCCCCCCCCGGAGCGCAGUACAUUUGGCCAAGAAGCCCAUACCCACCGCCUUAACGAUGGGCGCUGUUCCCUCCAUGGACACCACGGAUGGAUUCGGAUUGCGUCCCGUGCGUGACGCCGAGCGCCUUCCUAGCAUGCUUCCCGGUCUGCAGACUGGGAUCGUCUCGCAGCCCGACUCUCCGACCACACCAAGCGGCCCCCUCCAUUCACAACCUCGCAGCCUUACCCAAACCAUUGCUGCCCGCCAACGUCCUUUGAUCCGCCAGCAGCAGUCGGCGUCCGGUGAAUCGGAUGAUGCCAACGGCGAAGAUUCGACCAUGGGAGAUGAUAGCGCUAUGGGCCAGCCCGCCGAAACCAUUGUUGGACUCCCCAACCGGAUGGAACUUGACAGUGUUGAUGAGCGGGAAACAACGAUGCUAGACGAUGUCUCUAACAACCAUGAUCUGACCGUCAAUGACCCCUCUGAGGAAGGCGGCCCGGAGGUGGAGACUUUCAACAUCACUCAUCGUUCGACUGUCGACGGCAGUAUCAUUAAUAACGGCACCCCACAGGCCAACGGCGGACUCGCCCUCUCUCCUACCCAAACCACCAACAACCCUAAUUCUCCUACUCUCGCUCCUAGCUCCUACACUUUGUACCUUCGUGACCGUCCCGCAGGCCAGGGUGUCUUGACAGCCAUGCCCCGUGAUGAGGACGUCCUGAUGUCUCUUCAGCUACUGGCAUAUGUCUCCAAAUACUGCAACCUCCGAUCAUACUUCCAGGCAUCCCACCUUGUCCCCAAGCUGAAAAUUGAUCACGAGCUCCAUCUUUUGGAUGAGAAUGCCGGCCCCUCUUCGCCAGUUGAUAUGUGCGAGGAGGAAGACGAGUACUUGCUUCCCGAUGAUGUUAACAUUUUCCCCCUAGUGGAGAAGUUUACUGUUCGACACCACUCCAAGGAUAUGCAAUACUGGGCCUGCGUGGUCAUGAGAAACCUCUGCCGUAAGGAUGAGGCGAGAGGUGGCAUCCGGCAAUGCGCUUAUUACAAGUGUGGCAAGUGGGAAGAGUUCCAGCGUCAGUUCGCCAAGUGCCGGCGGUGCCGUCGCACCAAGUACUGCAGCAAAGAUUGCCAGAAAUCCGCGUGGGUAUACCACCGGCACUGGUGCCAUACGACCCCUUGA